AGGUACUGCAAGCAUUGGGAUCAUUGUAGCACUUGUGCCUAAUCAAAUGCUUAGAAUAUGGAAAACUUUUUUUAGUUCAGACUCACAACUGGAACUCAACGUCUAUAAUAAAGCCAGAGUGAAUACUUAUUUUCAAGCACACAAAUGGGCGAUAGUUACAAAAGAGGAAGCCUUGAGUAUAUUUAGAAACGCUGAACUUGAAGCAAAGCAGUUCCUUAAUGAAAAAGUCAUUGAAUUUGAUAAAAUAUAUGGUCCACACAUGCCAGUCAAUCAACUUUAUUCACGCUAUAAGAAGAGAGUCGUUGUCAUUGGUGGUGGCUUUACGGUACGUGAUUAAGUUAAAGUUUAAAGUGCCUGUGUCGUUAACUGGUUGUACAAAACAGGGUUUCACCAUUGCUUCGAUAUUAGACCCGAUGCCACGUUUUCAUGUUACCCUAGUAGACAUUAAAGAUUCCUUUGAAUAUACCCCUGGCAUGAUCAAGCUACUCGUUAGACCUGAAGAAACAUCUUCAUUGAGAGUUCGACAUGACGCAUAUGUCAAAAACGGUCGGGUGGUUAUCGGAUAUGCGGAAAAAAUAAUUAAUGACGGUAAAGCUGUUCAAGUAAACAACGAAAUUAUACCCUUUGAUUAUCUUGCCAUAUGUACUGGAAGUAGAUAUAAAUCAAAACUAAAGUCUUUUGAUACCUCUUCUUUAUAUCGACUAUCAGAGCUUGCUAAUGAACACAACGAUUUAAAGAAAGCCAAGUCUGUCUUAAUCAUUGGUGGUGGCUUAGUAGGCUGUGAACUAGCAAGUGAAAUAGCUACACAUCAAUACCCUCCACCAUACGACUUCAAAAAAAAGAUUACCAUCGUUGACUCGCAUCCAUGUUUAGUGAGAAGAAGUUCGGCAAAGAGACAGCAAAAUGCUCUAAAUUACUUUCAAAGCCUUGGCGUUGAAGUCGUUUUGAAUGAAAAGAUCGUUGACUUUGACUCUGCCAAUACAAAUUCGUAUCUUGGCUCGAGAGGUACUAUCUUCAAGGGAUAUGACAAGGUAUUUUUAGCUACAGGAACAAGCCCUUGUAGCGAGCUCUUGCAAGACGGAGGUGAUAUCGGAUUUGAAUCCUGUGUAGAUCACUGGGGUAGGGCUCGUGUCAAGCCAACGUUACAACUUGACCAUUGGAAGUACGAUCAUAUAUUUGCAGGUGGAGACAUAACUAAUGUAGUCGAAGAAAAGACAGGAUAUGCGGCUACAUUAGCUGGUGUCUGCAUCGCUAGAAAUAUCUGCCGCAUGGAAAAGGGAAAAUCACCUCUAAAUCAAGGAAGUAAAGGCACAUUGCCAGCGCCCAAAAAGCCAUUACAUGGUAUAGAAUCAAAUGGAGGUGUUGGACGACGACAACUAAGUGCCUUUAAAAAGACAUUUUCCUUUCUUAAUCCUACAUGGGCAGCAUUAAAGUACUUUGACGAAAAGGAAUUCCUGGAAAUUGUGCAAGGUGAAGCAAGGGUGGUCAAGACAGCAGUUGGAAAAAAACCUAAGAUCCUCGGCUUACCGGGAAAACUCAAGCUCUGCAAAAGUAAAGAACAACAAAAACAGCAACCAGCCCCAUUGACAUCUUUCGGGUCCCCAAUAUCGCGUAUCUUAUUUCACAAAACCUCGACUACCAAUCUCUCUGGAUCAGAUGUGAUUUCGAAUUCAAACUUUUCAAUGAAUGACGCCGAGAGUGAAUUCAAUUGUACAUGCGUAUCAGAUAGUGAAAGCGACCAUCCAUAUGAUGAUGAUGAUUAUAAAAGCAAGACGGUACAGCAGUUCUUGAAGCAUGACUCAUUGCAACCUAGGCCACAUAGCCUAUCUCCUGGACAUGCUAUAUAAUUGUUCUAAAUUGUAAAUUUUCUCUCAUCAAUUUUGUGUACAUGCUGUAUUUGUUUUUAAUAAACCAUAGUAUGACUUUAACGUACUCUAUAUGCUCUCAUGUGAUGUAGACAACGGAAUGAGUCCGUGGGUGAACCGAAAGAGUGAAAUGGUUACAAGGUGUAACUUUUUGUGCUAUCAAGUGAAAUGCAUUGACCGUUGUUAACAUGCGCUUAUUUUGACGUCAUUUCGUAUUAACAUAUGGUGCAUUGUUGAAAUCGAAGCACAUUUGUAUUAUGAUGACGUUAGAACGUAGUUUACCUGGAUAUACUUACGGCAUUGUAAAAACAUAAAUAGACAGAAGGGAACAGUG